GGUCGGCUCCGCCAAAUUGGCUGCAACGACCCCGAUCUCUCACCGGACCAUUAAGAUGCUAAAUGACACCACGUCCGAUGAAUGUUAUCAUUUGUUCUUUCCGUGAUACGAGAUAGCCUGCGUUGAGCUGCGGUAGACCGCUGCCCGUCGCUUUUAUGCAUAGCCUUUGCAGGAUCAAGAUGCAGUUUCGGACAGUGGUGGACGUGAAAGUCGUAGACGUGGAGAAGAGGCGCAAUCCAUCAAAACAUUACGUCUAUCUCAUCAAUGUCACCUACUCCGACAACACCUCCCACAUCAUCUACAGGAGAUACAGCAAAUUCUUUGACCUACAGAUGCAGAUUCUUGACAAGUUCCCAAUUGAGGGAGGGCAGAAAGACCCAAAGAAGAGGAUCAUCCCAUUUCUCCCAGGCAAAAUCCUAUUCCGAAGGAGUCAUGUGCGAGACGUGGCUAUGAAGAGGCUGCGCUUCAUCGAUGACUACUGCAGGGCGCUGGUGCGACUCCCCCCGCAGAUUUCUCAGAGUGAGGAGGUGCUGCGCUUUUUUGAAACUAAAGCCGAAGACAUCAACCCCCCAGUGGAGGACUAUGGCUCCAAGCGCAAAUCAGGGAUUGACAGUUCGGAGCCCAUGGUGCUGGAGCAGUACGUGGUGGUGGCCAACUACGAGAGGCAGGAGAACUCGGAGAUCAGCCUCAAGGCCGGCGAGACGGUGGAUGUGAUUGAGAAGAGCGAAAGCGGUUGGUGGUUUGUAAGUACAGCGGAGGAGCAGGGUUGGGUGCCGGCCACAUACCUGGACUCACAGAAUGGAACCAGAGACGAUUUGGAUCUGGGCACGUCCCGGACUGGAGAAGUUACUAAGAGACGCAAAGCCCAUCUGAAGAGGCUGGACCGCCGCUGGACCCUGGGGGGGAUAGUCAACCGCCAGCAGAGCAGAGAGGAGAAAUAUGUGACAAUACAGCCGUACACCAGCCAAGGGAAAGACGAGGUCAGCUUUGAGAAAGGGGUCACCGUGGAGGUCAUCCAAAAGAACCUGGAGGGCUGGUGGUACAUCAGGUACUUAGGGAAAGAGGGCUGGGCCCCUGCCUCCUACCUGAAGAAAGUGAAAGAGGACUUCUCCCCCCGCAAGAAGACCCUGACAGGCCCGGUGGAAAUCAUUGGCAACAUCAUGGAGAUAAGCAACCUGCUGCAAAAGAAAUCAGUGAGUGAGAAGGACAUACAGACAGAUGGGGAUGGCACCACUACACCUGAACGCCACAUCUCCAAAAGCGAGAUCAGCCUGCCCAUGCCCUGCACCGCCGAAAUGAAUGCCGAGACAGGCAGGAGGCUGAGCGCUGGGUCAGGCCACGGCUCCAACAGUCCGUGUCUAGGAGUGGGGGCCAGCGCUGUCCUGAAUGACAAUAAAGGCAGAGCAGAGCCUGGGUCCCCAGCUGUUGCACGAGUGGCACCGCAUAGAGUGGAAAUUGGCUUUGAUGCCAUUGGGUCUCCAAAUUUGAGACAAAAGCCUCCCCCGAGAAGAGAAACUAACUUGGGAUUCCAGUUACCUAAGCCACCAGAGCCCCCUGCUGUGGAAGCAGAGUAUUACACCAUUGCAGAGUUCCAGUCCUCGAUCUCUGAUGGCAUCAGUUUCCGUGGAGGACAAAAGGCUGAUGUGAUAGAGAAGAACUCUGGAGGCUGGUGGUAUGUGCAGAUUGGAGAGAUGGAGGGCUGGGCCCCCUGCUCCUACAUUGACAAACGUAAGAAGCCCAACCUCAGCCGUCGAACCAGCACACUCACCCGGCCCAAAGUCCCACCUCCAGCCCCACCUGUCAAGAAGCAAGAUUCUGAGGAGGCUCCCCCUUCCACUAACUCAGCCUCUAAAGCAUCAGAAUCACCCAGCAGGCCUGUGUAUGAGGAACCAGAAUAUGAUGUUCCUGCUAUUGGGUGUGAAGGUGAGUCAGACACAGAUUCACUUAAGGAUGAGCGCUCCCUGGAUGUGAAGAUCAGCAGUGUGGUCAGCGAUAAGUACCGCAAUUCCCCUCCUUCCUGCAAAGCAUCCCCUCCUGUCUGCAAGGCUUCCCCUGUUUUUAGUCAUCGAAGAACCUCCUACAGGUCUGUUGAAGAGGUAGCUAAGGAGGAGUGUAUUUAUGAGAAUGAUGGCUUCAGGCCCAGCAGUGGCGAUAAUGGUACCUCAGUCAAAGGAUCUAGUGAGCCUAACUCUCCACGGAGCUACCAUUCCUCAACAGUUCCACGCAAACCCUCUGGCUCCUCACCCUUAGCUGGGAGACCCAUGAAGACCAUGACUCCAGAGCUGAAUCGGAGGAGUCAGACCCUGGGCAGACACAUAGAUACCAGCCUCAGGUCCCAAGACAACAGCCCCAGGUCAUCUUCAGACGAGCUGAGCAGAGGCCCCAAGAAAGGCCCGGGCUUCAGCCGGGAGGUGGAGCAGAGGAUAGGCCAGAGUCCUUCCACCAGGCCCAAGCCCUCUGUUAGACCCAAACCACUCCUUACCAAAUCAGAGACCCAGAGUCCUGAGAGGAUGGAUAUCAGCUCUUUGAGACGCCAGCUGAGGCCUACAGGCCAGUUUCGACACAGCCUCAAACCUUCUCGUGGCGAUGACUCUGAAACAGCCUCUGUCAUCUCAUCAGAAGACUCCAUUUGUUCUCGCAGUACCUCAGAUCUGUCCUCCAUUUACUCCAAAGGAAGCCGUGGUGACUCGGACUUGGAGGGCCCAAGUCUCUACCGCACCAUGGAUGCUUACAAGAAGGUCCAGGACUCUGAGGUCAGCUUUCCAGCAGGAGUGGAGGUGGAGGUUCUGGAGAAACAGGAGAGUGGUUGGUGGUACAUCCGUUGGGGCAGUGAGGAGGGCUGGGCCCCCUCUUACUACCUUGAGCCUAUCAGACAAGUGGGUGAUGGAAGUGGGUUGGAAUCAGAUGGACAUGGGAGUGGUGGGAGUAAGUCCAACAGCCUGGAGAAAAAUGAGCAGCAUGUUUUGGCCCUCAAUAACAUAAAUCUCCAGGGCCUGACCCAGCAGCAUCAAGCCUUGAGGAGGAACUCUCCACCUAUUCCCUCCAAGCCUCCUGGUGGCUUCUCCAAGCCAUCUGGAAUGGUUAAUGGAGGUGUACGAAUGAGGAAUGGGGUGCGCCAGGUAGCAGUGAGGCCACAGUCUGUGUUUGUGACCACAACACAACCAGCUAAGGACACACACUACAUGACAGGGUCUCUGAGGCGAAAUGAUUCACUUGGCAGUGGUGAUCAGUACCGUUCUGGUUCUGCCACUCUUGGUGUCCGCCGAAACGCCUCCUUUAGCACCGUGCGACCUCAUGUGGUUGUGGAAAGUCAAACAAGGCCUGUUGAGCGUUCCAGCAUGGGUUCCUCAGGGAGUGGGUUCAGCACAAACAGUGUCCAGGAUGCCCUUAGCAGAGUCAGCCAACGCAAUGGAAUCCCUGUGUCCACAGUCCGACCCAAACCCAUAGAGAAGAACCAGCUGAUCCAUAAUAACCUUGGCAGGGAUGUGUAUGUUUCCAUUGCUGACUAUCGUGGGGAUGAAGAGACCAUGGGCUUCUCUGAGGGAACCUUUCUGGAGGUCUUGGAGAGAAACCCCAAUGGUUGGUGGUACUGCCAGGUGCAGGACAGCCUGCUCCCCCGCAAAGGCUGGGUCCCCUCCAACUACCUGGAGCGGAAGAAAUAAAAACAAACCCCUACCCUUUUCUCCCACCCCUCACUCCCUUUCUUCCCAUGUUGAUGUCUCCAAGGAUAUGGGUGGCGUCACUCUUUAAGAAUGUUGCCCAAAAUCGCCCAUAAGCAAUAUGUCCUUCAAUAUGUACAGUUCUCAGUACAUUUCUGAAAAGACUGUGUGUAAAAAAACAUGAUGUUUUAAUCUUAUAAGGAAAGACACUUUUAGUGCUGGUUUACUAAAAUAUAUAUGUGGAGGACUGUAAAGAUUUUAAAUAUUCUGGGUGGAAAAGAGAGACAGAAAUAUGGGAUGGGCCACCCUUGAAUGAGGUAAUUUCGUGAUAAAAUUGUCUUUGAGAUAUGGAAGGGUAAUGAAUGGGAAUGAAACCCUCUAAAAGCAUCAUGUAAUACAGACGUUGAGCAGGGUAAAGGCUAGCCUUAUUCCUGCCUGUCAUUGUCUAUGAUGCCAAAUAAGUGCCUUUUGUAUAUGAUCACCUGAAUGGAGGUCCUAAGUGGUGGAUGGCAGAUAAGUAAAUCAACCAAAUCUAGAGUGCCAUAGGCCUAUGAGCGCAUGAACACCACUAAAAGUAUUUUCGUAACCAAUUGAGAGCUCCAGUUUAGGAGUUCUAAGCAAGUAAAAAAAGGUUCAGUCUGGAGCGCUGUACAUGAAAUAGAAUGAGAAACGCAGAAUAAAGAAAGAAGCAGAUUUAAGUGACUGAAGUCACAAGAGAAGUCACUCAUUUUAAGCCACAGUCAUCGAGCAGC